CUCUUGCUCCGAGAGUAUUAUGGUCUGCCGGGGAGUUCAGCGCUAGCGAGCUAACGGGUUGGUUCGCCGCGGAGUAAACAUGGAGCUGUCCGCCGUCGGGGAGAGGGUGUUCGCCGCCGAGUUUAUCCUCAAACGCAGGAUACGCAAGGGGAGGAUUGAGUACCUUGUCAAGUGGAAGGGCUGGUCUCCCAAAUACAGCACGUGGGAGCCGGAGGAGAACAUUCUAGACUCCCGCCUCUUCGCCGCUUUUGAGCAGAGAGAGCGCGAACGGGAGCUGAGCGGGCCCAAAAAGAGAGGACCGAAACCCAAGACGUUUCUGCUCAAGGCCCAGGCUAAAAGCGGCGUCAAGCCUCAUGAGUUCCGUAGUGAGUCAGUGCGAGGCAUGCACAUCACCUACCCCACCCCAGAGCCUGUCGUAGCCCCGAGGACCAGAGAGGGCCUGCAAGCUGUCGUUCCCACCAUUUUCCCAUCAAGCACUGUUAAUGGAGGAGACUGUGUGCAUUUAGGACCACCAGAACUGGCCUAUGAGCACCAUCAGCAAGCCCUGCGGCAAACCAACACUGGAGGCCUUACAGCCAGAAGGAGAGGCCUAAAACAAAAGCUCCCUGAGAGAAAAAACAAGGACCAUGCAAGCCAGAGCUCUCACAAACUGCUAAAACUUCACAAUAGUGACGAUAUGAGGUUGGUUUACCACCAAUACAAGAAGAACCAUUGUCAUAAACACCAUCGACAUAAUCACUACCACCACCAUUCACAUCACCGGGGAAUGACAGCGGGGGGAUCCUUCAAGCAGCUUUACUCAGACUCGCACAGCAGUGACCCACACAGGACUAAGACCUGCAUGGCACUCGGCCUCUCCAAGCAGCAGUUCCCACCCGUGGAGAAACCUCACUUCCCGGACAGGCCUUCUCCAACCCGGCUUGACCACGACUCGGACCAAGAGACCUGGCGGCCCGCUCUGUGCAGCAUGGAACAUGUCCUCGUGACGGACGUGACCGCUAACUUCCUGACUGUCACCAUUAAGGAGAGCAGCAGCUCCAAAGGCUUUUUUAAGGACAGCAGAUGACUUUGAAUAAUUAAGGAUAUUUGGGGGUGUCCAAACUCUUUCCGUCAAAGGAUACAUUUUGUACACUGAAGAUGCUAAAAGCAAUAUAAACUAUCUAAACAUAAUGUCCAAGAUUUGUCAUAGAUGACAAAGCACAUUAGUGUAAUCCCCCAAAAUAUAUCAUUCUAAAAGUAUAAUUAGUCUAUUUUUGAUCAUCUGGAGUGAUUACAAAAAUGUAGCUUUGUGCUGAACAUGGGACUAUACUUUGGACACUCCUGGUGUAAAAUAUGUCGAAUGUAUAUUAGCCAAAACUAAUGCAAGUCCUGUUAGACAGGCUUUUUUGAAACCCCUUGUAAAAUCAACAUUUAACAAUCACAUUGAUUUUUCCAUUCUGUCUUUGGUUUAGAAUAAUUAUUUGAAAUGUUCAGACCCAAACUGCAUUAAUUAUGGGAAAAAAAUAAUCCUUGUUUUUAAAUAUGUCAAUGGGGUGUCCUUAUGUACA